GUUUGCAUGCACCUGCACUUGUCGCGCAAGUCUGUGCUAAGGUUGGCUGAUAGACAUUAGGGUCGGUACACAACAUAGCCAACGUGUGGAGUGAGUGGGCAGAAUGCACAGUGGACCCUCUGGUUUCCCGGACCUGAGCUCCCCGUUUAAGAAUGACCCCCAGCAGCCUCAGUCCCUCACGUCUCGUUUCCCCACCAACGUGACCACUGCCGCGCCGGCCAAGCGAAUCACCUUCUUCAAGAGCGGCGACGCGCAGUUCAGCGGCGUGCGCAUGGCCAUUCACAACCGCAGCUUCAAGUGCUUCGACGCCCUGCUGGACGACCUCUCGCAGAAAGUGCCGCUGCCGUUCGGCGUGCGCACCAUCACCACGCCGCGUGGCACGCACAGCAUCAAGCGCCUGGAGCAGCUGGAGGACGGCGGCUGCUACCUGUGCUCGGACCGCCGCCUCGUCAAGCCCAUCAACAUGGAGGUGGCGGGGAAACGGCCGACCGUGUGGCACAACCACAGUCGCCCGCACAGUGCCCGCCGUAGGCCCACGCGGCCCGAGGAGGCCCCGCCCGAGCACGCCAGCCCGCACUACUACCGCCACUCCAAGCGCAUUGUGCUGGUGAAGAACGCCGACCCGGCGGUGAGGCGCUCCAUUGUCCUAAGCCGCCGGACGGCACGCAGCCUCCGUGUCUUCAUGGAGGAGGUGUCCGAGCUCAUGCAGUGCCACAUCAAAAAACUCUACACGAUUGAGGGACGCAAGAUUGACAGCAUCCAGACAUUGAUGCACUGCCCUAAUGUGCUGGUGUGUGUGGGUCGGGAGCCGUUCAGGCCUCUAAUGGUAGAAUGCCGGAAGAACUCCGAGGAGAAGCUCCCGGGGGUGAGCGCCCGCUCCCGCUCCAGCCUCUGCAGCGAGGGACACGAGAGCAAGAAAAAUGUGAAUUUUGGUCUCGAGACAAAGAAGAGCAUCAUCCACCCAAGGUCAGAUUCCAGCAACAGGUCAACUCGAUUCUCUCUGUCAUCAGAGAAAUCUUACCCAAAUGGACUGUGUACACCUGGCCAAUCUGGCUAUGUCACAAACUGCCCUCAUAGUAAGGAAGCCAUCAUAAAUGAUGACAUUGAGAAGCGAGUCCUUGUCAACAAAGAUGGCAGCCUCUCUGUUGAAAUGAAAGUCCGCUUCCGUCUCACCAACGAUGAGACUCUCCAGUGGUCCACGGAGAUCAAGAAAUCCCCUGGGGUCACCAACGAUGCCAUUAACGAGAAGGAAGCAAAUCCCCAUUACCUACAGCAAGGUAAAGAGUCCUCAGAGCGGGAGUCAAGUGGUGAGGUCGAAGAGACUUAUGGCAAAGUACACCAGAGACGAAUGGUGGAAUCUCACUGUGAAAACUGCUGCAACCACUGCCAGGAAUAUGACAUAUGGAAGAAUCCCAUGCACAGAGAACACCACAGAUCAUCCAGGCUGGUCAAGUCCUCCAGCUCCAGCGCAUCAUCCCAUAAAAUUGUCCACAAGGAGGCGUCUGUGGACAGCAUUCGCACCGUCUCCCGCUCCAGUGAGGAAUAUACAGAGCACGUGGUGGAGAAGGCCUCGUGCUACCAGCAGACUGUGGAAGGAGGAGAUACCAUGGUGGAGUACUGCACCAUAAGCCGCUGCUGCAGCCGCAGCGAGGUUUGUUCCAUGGCCACGACAUCAAAGAGCAAGAGGUCCCACGCUGAGAGGUGUGAGGGAGAGAGCCGAAUGCUUCACAAUGGCGAGAGGAGACCAGACACAUCAGAGCGAAAGCACCGUCACUCAGGCAUGUGCUGUGUUGAGGUCACCAAGGCAUCAGACACAGAAGAACGCCCUGUCUCUGCGAUCAGCAACUCCUCCAAAGUGCUUGAGUCCCUGAAGGAGGAUCAGGAUGAUGACGAUGAUGACCUCCCACUCGGCUCGUCCAGAGCCUCUCUGUGUUCUCAGGGUGAACAGGAAAACAAAGUGUCCAGCAGGGCGAAAACUCGCAGUAAAACGCCAGAUGAGCGUCUUUUGUCUCCAAAGCUAAGGGAAGCGUCUGCUUGCUCUUCAAGGUUAUCAAAGCACAAGCUCAAAAAUGCUUCUCCCGCACCAGCAGACCAGCAGCAAGACAGUCCCAUUCCUAAUGGCAGGCCCGAGAGCACAGCAUCCAGAGGCUCCUCAAAAUGCCACUCUUGUCAGUGCGGAGCAGCGUCCCCUCAGUCAGAAAAUGCUGAAGAGGGUGACAGGCCCCCAAGCACAGUGUCAAAAUCCAGCAGAAAGUCAAGAGAAUCGCACACGUCUCACAAAUCAAAUGCCCAGUCUGCUGAGAAUGAAGGCGAGGAGAAGGAGAAAGAGGAGGAGAAGGAGGAGGAGAAGGAGGAGGAGGAGAGAACACUAAGUGCCAUGUCAGGAGUCAGUGGAGGAUCUGUAAAGUCCAGUGUGUGUCCCCAUUGUGGUGGGUGUGACCCUGAGAGUGAGAGUACUUCCAGACAUUCAGAGGAGUUGACAGAUAAAGUAGAAGAUAACCAAGCCAAUGGAGAGGCUGAGGAAAAGCCACCCAGUGUCAUGUCAGAGAGGUCAGCAAGGUCAGUGAAAUCAGAGAAAUCCAGCAAAUCUACGAAAUGUGAGAAUCAUGUGUCAUCAAGAGGCACCACACCAGCAUCAGACAUAGCCGAGGGUGAAGCAGAUGGUGGACAGGAAGUCCCAGACGACAGAGUGGAAAGUGCUCAGUCCAACAAUUCAAAAGCCUCCAAGAAGUCUGCUUGCUCAAACUGUCGGAAGUCAUCAGUGACUGAAUCAGCUGCAGGGGAUGAGAAAUCAGGAUCUUCCUCUUCAGAGAAAGGGCCAGAGGAAGAGGACAGAGUUGGUAGCUCCUUCUCCAAUAAAUCCAGGGUAUCACACACAUCAAACUGCUCCACCUCAAACAGAGCAAAAUCACCAAGAUCAAACCAUUCAGGGAGUCCAGCUUCCAUUGCAGAGGAUGGUGAAGCAAGGGAUGGGGCCACAUCAGCUCAGUCAAAUGCUUCACAAGCAUCGAGGAUGUCAAGGAAGUCUGAAGGAGCUGAGGUGAAGCGAGCAGAGAGUCAAGCUUCUGUUGCCUCAGAGAAACAGGAAACAGAAGAAGCCCUUCCAGAGAGAUCUGUUAGUGUUGUGUCAUCCUUAAAGCAGGCAUCCGUGGAGGAGAAGCCAGGCACUGAUGAAGCUGUAGAAGGCAAAACCAUCGAUGAAAGAGCAACAAGUGUUAUGUCAAAUAAGACAAACACAUCAGUCAAGUCCCACAGAUCCCACAAAUCAAACUGUUCUGCUUUGAGAAGAGCAAAAUCGCCUGCAGCCAAGAGCCCUGAUGAGACUGUUGUCACUACAGGUGAAGAAGAGGAGGAAAAGAGGGCAGACAGUGCAUUGUCUGCAGCAUCAAGGAGAUCUGCUAGACCUGAAAGCAAAGCAUCAGAGAGGGCAGCAAGCCAAACCUCAGCUGUAUCUGACACUUGCCAACAGGAAACUGAAGCACCCGAGGAAGAAAGAGCAGCAAGCUCGCUAUCAAAUAAAUCAAAGGCCUCCAAUAGAUCCAAUUUAUCUCCAAAGCAGUCAUACACUGAUGAGGAACCUUCACCUGCAGAGGACAACUCGGCAAAAGCAACUGAAGAACCUGCAGAGGGCAGCCGGGCACCCAGUGUGAUGUCCAAUGCCUCUGCCAGAUCAAGAGCAUCCCAUAAGUCAGCUUGUUCAACAGCGUCACGGGCAAAAUCCCCAAGGGCAGCAACACCUGCAAAGGUCAAGGAUUUAAAUGGAAAAGCACCUGAAGCAGAAAGAGAGAAUGUCAGUGAUCCAGAGCCUGAGGCUAUUACAGAGGAGAGAGCAGCCAGUAUCAUGUCUAAUAAAUCAGAUGCUUCUGUUAAAUCCAAAGCCUCACAGAAGUUGGCCCUCGCUGCUCCAGAGAGGGCCAAAUCACCCAGGCCUAAGAGUCCAGCAAAAGUGAAGCAAGAAGAGAAAGAAAAUGAAGCUGAGAAGAGACCAGCCAGUUCCUUAAGUGUUAAGUCUGAUGUAUCAAAAACCUCAAGACGGUCAAAGAGAGCGGUGAGUCCAGCCAAUCCACUGGAAGAUAAGACAAACUCUGCCCCAAAGGAGAGAUCAUCCAGUGCCAUGUCCAGGAAAUCAGCAAAGUCCUCCCCAAAAACCCAUGAGGAGCCUGCAGCUGAGGAGAGUGGGCCUAGUGAAACAAAUGUAAAAGACGAUGCUUCAAACCAUGAAACAACAGAGCCAUUAGCAAACUCCAACCCAGCAGAAGGUGCGGAAGAAAAGGAGGAGAGGGCAGCAAGUUCAAUGUCAAAUAAAACAGAUGCCACAGUCAAGUCCGGGAAAUCUCCCAAAUCUACAUCAGACAAAGCACAAACAGCUCGGGCCAAGAGUCCUGCUCCAUCUGACAGGGGGAAGGAGGACGAGAGUGAAAAAAGACCUUUAAGCUCAUUGUCUGUUGAAACAGACGUAUCAAGAUCAUCCAGAAAAUCUCAGGCUAAAGAGGCUAAACGAUCUCCCAGCCCUGCAACAAAACAGCCUGAUGGACAAGAAUUAGAAGUUACUUCCGAAGAAAGACCUACUAGUGCUAUGUCCAAGAAGUCCACAAAGUCAUCAAAAAAACAGGUUAAGGCAGAAAAUGAGAUUCAGGAAAGAGUAUCCAGUGCAAUGUCAAAUAAAACCACGGUGUCUAUUAAAUCUAGAAAGUCCCAAAAGGCAAGCCACAAUCCUGAAGCACAUUCUGAUGACACUGCAAAAGCGAAGGAAGCAGAGCAGAGACCUGAAAGUGUAACGUCACAAACCUCUGACGAAAAAUGUCUCAAAGGUGCUACAGAAACAGACAAUGCUCAAGCAGAGCCCACCGAUACCCCUGCAGGCCAAGAGGUCGAACAGGCUUCAGAGGAGGUCAACGAGAGGUCAAAGAGUGCCUUAAGUGUGGCCUCCCACACCUCCAAGAAGUCAGCCCGAGCUCCCUCUCCCAGACCGAAAUCUAGCCAAAGUAAGACCGGAAAAGCUGAAGAAGAGCCAAGGGUGUCCAGUGCAUUGUCCGGUAAUUCAAAAGUGUCUUCAAAGUCAAAGAAGUGUCAGUGCAAUCAUUCUUCACCUCCAAAAACAUCAGAUUCCCUAGAGUCAACAACAUCAAAGGCAUCAAAAAUGCAAGAAGAGAAUGUACAGCCAGAAAAUGCAGAAAGGCCAUCAAGACUUGAAGCAACUGCUAUAAUUACCACUGAGCCUAGUGAGGAUCGGGAGGAACCUGACCCCUUGGUGGAGAAGAAAGCAGAGAGUGUAAAAUCAUCUAGAUCAAGCACAAAGAGCAAGGCUGGAGGUCUAAAGAAAGAGAGGGAAGAUAGGAGUCCCUCAGCUUUGUCAACAUCAUCUGCCAAAGUGACCCGCAGUAAAUCGCCAGCACCUGCCAAAGCAGAAGAGCCUUCUGCUAUCAAUCCACCUGAGAACACAGAUACGAGCAAAGAGGGGAAUGACAGUGGAAAUGAAAAAGCUGCAAGAGAUUCUCGGCCAAAGUCAAGUGCUUCGGUGCGGUCAGAAAAGUCAACUAAAUCACACAAAGUCACCAAAACAAGUGAUGUGUCCAAGGAAGCAUCUUAUCUAGAUGUAAAAGUUCCCAUAACUGAUUUAGAUGGUAAGAGUGAAAAUGGCAGUAUUAAGUCUUUUAAGUCAACCAAAAAAGCGAAGUCUGUUAAAUUUGAUAAGACCCCAGAAAAAGAACCAACCGAGGAGAAAACUGCAAGGACAAAUUCAGGGGACACAUCUGAUAUAUCACAGAAUUGCUCAAGCCCAGCUCAAGAACAUCCAAACCAAAAUAAGACACCUACAAUACGCCUUGCCUCUACAUCUAGUGAUAGUGUCCUAUCCAAUGCACUCUCUGCGGCAGAUCUCUUAAGAGAGCUGUCUGGAAACACAAGACCAGGCAGCAGAGUUUCAAGUAAUGUAUAUAGAGAAAAAGAAAAUGACAAGCUGGAAACUAAAAGUAACAAGAGCAGCAAAGACACACAUAAGAAAAUCAGCUCCUUACAAAGAGACAAGCAGUCCUCUUUAGAGUUGGUGCAGGCUUGCUUGCCAAACACAUCUCCCAAUGAUGUUGUGAAUGAGUGGUUGAGGAACAUUCCGGUAGAUGGCCCAAUGUACGAAAUGGAAGAUGAAUUAGCAGAACCCAAGGAUGCACCACAAGUGGAAUCAGUUGAGAAUGCUGAGGAGACAGGAGAGAGUGAACAGGAAGUCGAGGGGGCUGCAGAGGAGAAUGCAUCUGAGCCGAAUGUUGAGAAGGAGCAUGCUCUAGUGGAGCCAGAAGAAGACACUGCCACUGAAGGUGACAUGGCCGAGACCUCCCCGGCAGAGGAGUCAAACACUCCCAAACCCAACUCUGAUUCACCCAGAAAAGAGCAUUUCCCAAAGCGAUCCCACUCUAGCGCCCAGGUCAUGAAGGCCCUUUUGAGCCCCAAAAUUGACAGAUGCAACAGCCUCCCAGAGGUCUCCCCUGUGUAUGGCAGGAAACUCAGCAAAUCUGCCAAAGGACUCCUAGACUGCCUCGCAAAACUUAGACUCAUUGACUCUGAUCCAACAGGCACCCAAAAUGCAAAAUACAGUGAGAUCAUGACUAUUCUCCAAACGCUCUGGCUGUAUGACCCCACUGAGGGGGAUCAGAAGACGCAGAGAGACAAAGAUCAUCCCCCGGCUGAGGAUGAGGCAAAUCCCAGAUCAUCCUCUGGGGUUGAUGUCAGCAGUGGCUCGGCUGAGUCGGCGAAGAGCAUGAUCAACGGUGAGGAGGAGAAAGCUGCAUCAGCACCUCCUACUGUGAUAGCAGAACAGCUGUCAGAUUCAGAGGGGCACAAAGAAGGGGCUGGUAGCGGCGAGGAAGCUGAGGAGGAAACCCCUGCAGAAGCUGCCCCAGAAGAAGGGGGCGAUGAAGAGAACGGAUCAGUCUCUGCACCAGAGCAGACAGCAGAAUCGGAGCAAGAGGAAGCUGUUUCAGACCCAGCCACACCCGAUGUUGCUGCAAGAGUCCAGGAAAGCCCAGACGAAGAAGCUGAAAAUAUCCCAGAUGAUGCCCCAGUGGAGGUGGGAGAGAGUCCUGAGAGUCCCAAAGAAAAUGAGGAAACAGUUCAGUCACCCAUUGACAGCUCUGGGAAAGAAAGCAGAUCAGCCAAUGGAACCGAGAGCGAUCGACCAGAGGAUUCCAGCUCAGGCACGCCUCCCUCUGUACAACGAGCUCAGCUGUCAAGGAAAGUCUCCCAAGACCCAGAUCCAAUGUGGGUGUUGAGCCUACUGAAGAAAAUAGAGAAGCAGUUCAUGUCUCACUAUGCCAGUGCAAUGGCAGAGUUCAAGGUGCGCUGGGACUUGGAUGACAAUGUGAUGCUUGACACAAUGAUCAACGAACUCAAAGUUGAAGUGCAUAAAAGAAUACAAGAUAGCAUUAAAAGGGAGCUCCAGAAGAUUCAGGGUCGUGCAGGGAGAUCCCCGAGACCACCUAUGACCAGCCUGUCUAAGGAGUUCUCUGUUCAGACUGAUCAAAGGCGUCGGCGUUUGAAGGUCAUGCGUAAGCAAUCACUCAUGCCAUCCAAAAGCGAGGAUAGCGAUGCUGCGUCUGGCACAGAUAACAGCGAUCAGCGCAGUGAUGACGAGUACUGCCCAUGUGAUGCUUGCGUGAAGAAGAAACUGGAGGCCAGGCAGGUGCUUCGAGCUGAGCUCAUAAACACUGCCCCCAUCAGGAUGGAUUUCGACCUUAGAAAAAUCCUCCAGAUCAAAAGAGAUCCCCCUCCGGCCCCCAAGGUAGAACAGAGACCAGCAGAGCCUCCCAAGAACCAACCAGAGUCAGAGAUGCAAGAGAAUGAAGAGGAAGGGGGCAACUUGGAGGCGGUCCAGGAGGAACCUGAGCAGGAGGAAGAGGUUCUAGAGGAAAUAAAUGCAGAGGAGGAGGGGGAGGAGCCAAAUGAGGCAGGUGAAAAAGAGGACGCAGAAGCAGAAGAGAAGGAUGGCGGAGAUGAAGGAGAAGUUGUUGAUGGGGAGGAUGGAGGUGAAGAGGAGGAGGAAGAAGAAGAAGAGGCAGCAGCAGCAGAUGAAACGGUUACUGGGGAGGUGGAGGAGGAGGAAGGAGAAGAAGCUGAAAAGACAAACGAGGACCUCGAAACAGAGGAAGGAGAUGAAGAGCACACAGCUGAAGCAGAGAUCACUGAGGAAGAGGCAGCUCAAGAUGAGGAAGCAGAGGCGGCGGCAGAUGGUUUAGGAGAGCAAGACACAGCAAAUCAGCAGUUGAGUAAGGAUGGAACUGAAGAUGAGGCCAUUGCAGAGAAGACACCCAUGGAUGACACAGAAGGAGAUGUCGACGGCAACCAAGGUGAUUCCUCUGAAGCAGUGGAUGAAAUAGAGGAAGAUGUAGAUGAGGAGAUUCAAAACGUGUGCAACGAAGAUGGGGCCGAAGAGGUCACUGACGCUGAAGGGGAUGCUACAGUUCAAAGUGACACAGGAGCCGAGGAAGUUAGCGAAGGACCCCAGGAUCAGGACGAGGGUGAUGAAGAUGAAGCUGAGGAGGACACUGGGGUGGCUGACUUGAAACCCGCCAGAGGGGAUUCGUGGGAGCAGUUCCGAAACAGACAGAUGACCAGAACAUCAGUCGAAUCACAGCCAGGAUCGAUGGACUCCGUGCAGCUGGAGCUGGAAGCCAAGGAGAUUGUACAGUCAGUUUUCUCAAGCAUCUCUGGUUAUAAAAUGGACAGGGAUGAGACCGACGAAGGCUUGAAGACUACUUCUAAGAAAAGAAGCAGGUCUCCCGCAAGAGCCAACAAACCACGGAGACCCAAGGACAGUGACAUUAAAGUGGACGACCUUGAAUUUUAGUCUGACCAUACACCCUACUGCAUAACGCACUUUAAAAAAAGAAAAGACUGCAUUUCUGAUUAUUCGUCUACAGUGGGCCUGCCUAUUGUUUGUGUUAGAAACCACAAUCUCAACAUUCAGUACUGUAAUAAUGUGUUUCAGAACUGGUUAUACACACAGAAUGUACAGUGUUUGUAGAAAUUUUCAUGACUUUUUAUGAUGUAAAGAUGUAUCAGUGCAUUAUCCAUAUUUUAUUCAAUGAUUGACAGGGAUUUUAGGAGUAUGUUGUUAAACAAUAUAUCAUCAUUGUCAUUGUGUAAAAACAGCACGUUUCAAGAAAAGAUAGAGCAUUAUACUAAUCUAUCUUUGUGAUUUGUGCAUGACACAACGCUGUUUUUCAAUGCUCUCAGAGGACAUAUGAAAAGUUGUCCCAACCUCAGGGAGUUUGGAAGUAUUAUUUCAACUUUUUAAAACGUUUCUGCUGAAGUAUUUAACAAAGGGCUUUUAUCUUUGGGCAACAGAGAGAACUGCUAAUAUGUACAGAACUGCCGUGUUCAAAGCCAGACUUUCAUCCGGAAAAAUGUGUCACUUUACGGGUAUGUCUGUUUCCAGACUAAGUUUCUCUGAUGGUGAGUGUAUAUGUGUGCUUACAGGCAAGGGUCUCUGGAGAGGGAAAAGAUCAUAUUUCUUUCAUGUGCCCCUUGAUGUACUGUAAUAUUCAAAGAUGCUGCAAUGGUAUGAGUGUUUUGAAAGAUGUUAUGGAAUAUAUAUUUGAUGCUGCUUAAGUUCUACUUGGUAUUUCACACAUUUAAACCUUUUGGAUAAAGGGAUGUACUGUAUGUAAAUCAUACUUGACCCUAACAUGAUGUAAUAUUUAUUAUUAGUGUAAUCAU